GAACUCUAAUUAGUGAUUAGAAAAGAGAGAAAAAGAGCAGCAGCUAUAGCUAUAAUGGCUGAGGAAGUAAAGGUGAUGGGCAUGUGGAUAAGCCCUUUCAGUCGCAGAGUAGAGUUAGCUCUAAAACUGAAGGGUGUCUCUUAUGAAUACAUUGAAGAAGAUCUAGCUAAUAAGAGUCCUUUGCUUCUCAAAUAUAACCCAAUUCAUAAGAAGAUCCCUGUUCUCCUACACAACGAAAAGAUCUUCAUCGAAUCCACUGUCAUACUCGAAUACAUCGAUGAGACAUGGGAAGGCUAUAGCUUACUGCCUGAAGAUCCUUACCAGAGAGCCAUGGCUCGUUUCUGGGUUAAGUUCAUAGAUGAGAAGUGUGGGACUGCAGUGUGGAUUGCUUGCUGGAGUGAAGGGAAGGAUCAAGAGAAAGCCAUGGAAGAGGCAUGGGAGCACCUAAGGACACUGGAAAAUGAGCUCAAGGGGAAGAAGUUCUUCGGAGGAGAGACUAUUGGACUUGUAGACAUUGCAGCUAACUUAAUAGCUCUUUGGUUUGGAAUAUUUGAGGAAGUAGCUGGCAUAAAAUUACUAGAUGAAGAAAAAUUACCCAUCUUAUGCAGAUGGAUUGAACAGUUUCUCAGUUGUGAUCUUGUCAAGGAAUCCUUGCCUCCCAGAGAUGAAUUGCUCAUGUUCUUUCAAGCUCGCAAGGAAGCUAUUACUGCAUCCAAAUCCAUGGUUUAUAAAAUAUAAGUGACUGGUGUGUAAUUGUCUUUUUUCUUUUGGUAGUAAACUUGGUACUUAAACAUAAUCAUCCUAAGUACUUCUUGCAUUUGUUUUCUGUUUUUUGUAUUUCAAUUUGUAGCCUCAUCAGCAGCUA